GCUUCUGAUCGUUAUACUGUGAUUGUAUCGCUCUACGAUCUACCUACCGGUACACAAACCUAUUUAGGAGCUACCUUGUGCACUUGAUUGCUUGUGGACCCAUCUCCCUCUGCUGAAGACCGGUCCUGCUGCAGAACAGGCCUGAUGGCAUGUCACAAUCACCUCGCCCGAGCAAUACGGCCAAACCGGGAAGAAGGCGGACGGGAUGCUUGGUCUGUCGGAGUCGGAGGGUCAAGUGCGACGAAACGAGACCAGCAUGCGAGAGAUGUUCGAGAUAUGGGGCCGAGUGCAAAUACCCAGCCAUCAAGGCCUUUGAUCAGGACGAAGUAGCUGCCGCUCUAGCGAGAAGACAUUCCAAAGAAACCAAGAACAAGAGACCAGGAUUCGUACCGGCUACUCCUCCUCCACCCGGACCAUCGUCUUUCGAAGCUAGGGUCAACGCUGGAGCUGGACCAAGUCGGAUCAUUGCCGCUGAGCGAGGACAUACGGGUGAUCAUGCCGAAGAACCGCUCGAUCUCCUCCUCGCCGUAGGACGUAAUACGAGGAUGGGCGAGUAUUACCUGGAUUGCACGGCACCUCCCGAUUUCCUAAAGUUGGCUUUUCCCUCGGAGGACGAUUUAAGAUGCAUCCACCACUGUAUCACCUACUCGCUAAGCAUCUGGGUGGUCGACGAGAACAAUGCGAAUCCAUGGGUCGAGCACGUUGCUCCGAUCUUCCUCUUUCCUACCCCGGAAGCGCCCAUCUCUGUCGCUGCUUUACGGUCGGCAAUGCUAGCUCUCGGUGCGACCCACUUGUCAUACCUACAGAAAAGGUCCCAGUCUGUGGAAUGGGAGAGGACUCGAGCGCUUGCGAGUCGGUAUUUCGACGAUGCUCUGCGGGCUUGUCGAACUGGUCGAUCGAUCCCGGAAGAGCUUGCCAGUGAUACCUUCUUGACCGCUGGAAUCGCCCUCCUUACAGUCUGCAUCUUUGCCGGCGACAGAGGAUGGAAGGAAGUCUGGAGAUACACGCUCGCCGCGAUCAAUUAUCGAGGAGGGUGUGCCGUCAUACUCGGUCUGGGACGAGAGCCCGACUCAACGAAAAGGACACCGCUGCUUCGGUGUGUCAUCGAGCAUUUCGCAUUAAUGGAUGUUUGGGCCGCGAUGACUACUGGGACUUCCCCGAUCAUCUUGAACAGCGAUUCCGAAUGGUGGGAACGUUUAGGUCAUAUAGACGACGCUACCGGAACGGCACAAACCUUCGAAGCCAGGUUCGGCAUGGACCGACAUCUCGUUAGAUGCUUUGCGACCGUGGCAGAUUGCAUUCAUCAACGAAUCAGGCUUCAGGAACGUACAGGCUCAUGGCUGGGCGCUUCACUCGGUUCCCACUCUGCGUCGGAAAGGCGAGAUCUGGAGCUGAGAACCCGGUCGGUCUCAUCGGAACUUGAGGAUUGGUACAUGGAGACGUCCUUGAUCGACAAGGAAAGCAGGACGAGGAUUGGAUCGAUGACGCUAUGGCACGCUUGUCGGAUCCUGGUCCAUCACGAUAUCGAACAAGCGUCUUCGACGGAUGAGGCGGUACGAGCGGACGCAUCGGCGAUCAUCGACCUGUGCAUGGAGUCGGGCGACAAGGUCGAGUGUCUGAACUGGCCACUCUUGAUCGCUUCGAGCGUCAUGCGUGACGCUGGUGAUCGCGAUCGUGUCCGUCAGCUCUUGAAGAUCUUUGCAUAUCAGUGCUGCUACGAAAUCGAGAUACUGAGCUGCACCGUUGAAGCCAUGUGGGUACGGCUGGAUCAAGGGAGAGAUGGCGAGGCUACGAGUUGGAGAGAAGUCACGGUUGAGAUAGGCUGGCCGGUGCUGAUCGGUUAGAAACGCCUAGAGUUC